GUCUGCCGCCGUCCUCUCUAUGGUGCCCCGAGGCUUUCUCUAUGGUUCUAAGGGAUGGCCAUGGCUCAGUCCCCUCCCACCUAGUCAGGCUGAGGGCUGGGCAUUGUGGGGUGAGAGCGGACUCUGGCUGAACAGCCGGCCCUGCCACAGCCAGGCAGAGAGCAGAGCACCCGAGCUGGAGGAGGAGGAGGAGAAGGAGUGGUGGAGGGGGGGGCAGAGAGGAAGCCAGGACCAAGGGGCAGUGCCCCCCAGCCCACCCUCAGGGACACCAUGCCAGUUGCCACAGCCAAAGUGGCAGCCAGGUUGGCCCAGGGGGUCACGGCGAAAAGAGCGGCGGUGGCACUCCUGGUGGCGGCGUAUGGAGCCAAGAAGUUGUACCCAGUCCUGCGGCGACAGUGGGCUUCCUCUGACCUCCAAGUAAAUGCCAACUCAGCAGGGCACCACAGUGCUGAAGAGCCAGCCUCCAAGUGGGGGGCAGCCGAUGAGGUGGCAGCAUCGCCACCCGGGGUCAACAGGGUGUUUUUCUUCCGCCUGCUGCGCCUGCUGAGGUUGCUGUUCCCUGGGCCACUGUGCCGUGAAACGGGGCUCCUGGCUUUGCACUCGGCCGCCCUAGCCAGCCGCACCUUCCUCUCGGUCUACGUGGCCCAGCUGGACGGGCGCUUGGCCCGCUGCAUCGUCCGCAAGAACCCGCAUGACUUUACGUGGCAGCUUCUUCAGUGGCUGCUCAUUGCCCUGCCUGCAACAUUUGUCAACAGUGCCAUUCGAUACCUAGAAGGGCAGCUGAGCCUGGCCUUCCGCGGACGUUUAGCGGACCAUGCCUAUCGGCUCUACUUUGAGGGCCAGACCUACUACCGCGUCAGCAACAUGGACGGACGCCUGCGCAACCCGGACCAGUCUCUCACGGAAGAUCUGGUGGCCUUCGCCAACUCCGUGGCUCACCUCUACUCGAACCUGACCAAGCCGGUGCUGGAUGUGAUUGUCACUUCCUAUACCCUGCUCAGCUCAGCCAGAUCGAAAGGAGCCGACACAGCCUGGCCCUCGGUCAUUGCCGGCCUGGUGGUCUGCAUCACGGCUAAGGUGCUGCGUGCCUGUUCGCCAAAGUUUGGCCAGCUGGUGGCUGAAGAGGCACGUCGGAAAGGGGAGCUGCGCUACAUGCAUUCCCGGGUGGUCGCCAACUCAGAAGAGAUUGCUUUCUAUGGGGGCCAUAAGGUAAAGCAAGUGGGCAACGUGCCAUGGUUCUUUGGGAGGAAAGCAGGGAUCAGCUGAUAGGAGGAUUACUGGAAGCCAGGACUCCUGGGUUUCCGGACAGGGAAUUAUAGUGUAGUAGAACUGGAGAAACAGAGAAGGGUAGUUUAUCCCCACCCUCUUUUGUUAUAUGUCUUUCCACUUUCUCUUCUUCCCCUGAGCUCCGAAACGGAGGCCGCUGACCCUGCCAGGCCCUGGGCCAGUGGAAGUGAAGUUGGCUUUAUAGAGAGACAAGCUAGAGCUGAAACCAGCACCCUUGUUUACUUCCUUUUCUUUGUAGUCUUCUUCCUUGAAUUUGUCCGAAAGCAAGGCUGAGGCCCUGACCUGAAUUUAUCCAGCUUCAAAUCUGUCCAUGUUCAGUAAUCCUCCACCAGUCUAAAUUUCCAUAGAAACCUUUCUUGGUUUCUAUUGCUCAUGCUUGACUUCUGCCUCAACCGUCAAAACAGCCCCAGGCGUUUCCAAGUGUGGCACUUAAGGAUUCCUGCACUGCCUUAGCGGAGGCGAUUGGACGGCAGUUGCAGUGUGUUUAUCAGACACCAUUUCUGAUCCCCAGAUUUGGAAAAGCAAUGGAUCAGAUAACAUAUAACAGUAACAGAUGAGAGCUGGGAAUCAGGGGAUCUGGGCUCUUCCUGUUUUCUGAAUCAUCGUGAGGGUGGGGGGCGGGGGGGGGGGAAAUGCUCUUAUAUUGAGGGCGAUGGUGACUGAAGUUAAUCGUCAUUUUUAUCACAUGUCCACUGUAGUCGCCGCUCUCCAUUCCAGCCCAGCUGUGUCAGGAACAUUCCAAGGCCGAAAACUCUCCUGCCUUUGGCAUCCUGCCCAAAUUAAGGGUAAUUGUAGGUCACAUUCGCACACAGAAAUACAGCAAUGGGGCCAGCCUUUGUGCUUAAACAUUUAUUAGAACCAUGCAGAUUUGUGCACACAUGCACACACACCUCAGACAAAAAGUCUACAGCAGCAGUUGCCCUUUAGGAAAAAGGAGUAUGACCAGUAUUAGUCAUGAUGACAUUUGAAUUGUGUCACCACUUGUGAUGUUUAAGACAAUUAUCUCUGAAUGUUCAGGGUUUUCUUAGGGCUAUUGGAUGCAUUUGUGCUGUGCUUCCAGCUGCCCCCCGCUCCACUAGUCUACCUACCUGUGGCUCUUCAGCAUAAGAUGGCCUCCCACCAGUCUUGCACAGCAGAUUGGAAGGGUGGGGGACACAGCAUAGGACAAAAAUACUACUCCCAUAUGAAAGCCAUUGUCAGAAUAGCAGGACUGUGGCUCAAAUACAGUAGCCACCCCAUCCCCAUCUCUUUGAGACAAGAUCUGUUAGUUGUCUCCUCAAUGGCUUUAGUAAGUGGAGAACAGGAAAUGCUGACCUUCCUGCCUUGGUACUCAUUAACUUUGCCCUCCCUAUUAAAGUUGUGGUAUUGGUGCAGGAUUAUCUCAUACCCCUUGGCACCUCCUGUAUUUUUUCAGGGUGUUAUUAAUUAUUAUUACCAUUAUUUAUUAAAUUUGUAUAUUGCCCUAGAUCUGCAGAUCUAAUAGAAUUACAACAUAAAAAACAAAAGAUACAUAGUAAAAAUAAGAACAAGCCAAUAAUCCCCCCUCCCACAACACAUUUAAAAGAGCAUCAGAUGUCAAUCAGCAAAAGGCUUGGUUGAAGGGGAAUGUUUUCGCGUGGCACCUAAAGGUGUAUAAUGGAGGUGCAAGGCAAACCUUCCUGGGGAGAGCAUUCCAUAAUUUGGGAAUCACAGGUAGAUUUGGUUUGUUGCAAUCCAGGCUCCCUGUCCCAGUGCGGCUGAACUAGCACUUUUGUAGAUUUAACACCAGGCGAAUUGCUGUUGUGAGGCUAACGUGGCUUGUACCACAGAGAUGAAGGGACAGAGCAAUUUCCCAAUUUCAAUUGCAGAUAACUAAGGAGAAGACUAGGUAUUAGCACCACACCCUGACCUUCCAGUAGUUAAUUAAAAGCUGCCAUUGGCCAGUGGUGUAGCGUGGGUUGCUGGCGCCUGGAACCAAGUGGGGCUGUGUUGUGCCGCCUCCUGUGCAGGCGCUGGCUGACAUGACCCUUGGUGGGCAAAACCCCUCAAUGCCUGCAGAGAGGAGCGCUGGGUCGGGCUUCCCUGGGGUCACCCUCGCUUCAUCUGCAUCCACUCACUGUGGACCUGGGCUGCUCUUGCUCCUGUCCAGGGAGCUUGGCACACUGAGCGAGGAAUGAGCAAGCACUGGCCGGGCAGCCAUUCAGUGAGGCCUUGGCAUGGCAUGGCCUGGAGAAUGAAGGGUGGCAUGGCCUCAGGAACGCAGCCUCAGGAAUGUGAGGAAGGUGGACGGAGCCUCUUCAGUUGCCAGCCGUUGCCAGGGACAUGGUGGCAAGGCCAGUUUGGGCUCCAGGGUCCAGAAACCCAGGGUGGCAGGCAGGCAGGCAAGGACGGGGAGCCUGGGACGGGGCCUUCCAGGAUGUGCCUGGGUGGCAGUGGCGCAACCCCCUGACAGGCUACUUUGCUGCCUUUGCCAGGAUAGGGAUCCCUGCGGAAGCUGGUGGCUGUAUGGAGGCGCCUGGUUCCACCCCCUCAGAAUUUUGUGACCAGAGCGAUAGCCCCCCUGGCCAUUGGCUGUUACUCUAUGAAUGCAAAUACAGUGGUACCUCGGAUUAAGUACUUAAUUCGUUCUGGAGGUCCGUUCUUAACCUGAAACUGUUCUUAACCUGAAGCACCACUUUAGCUAAUGGGGCCUCCUGCUGCCGUCGCACCGCCAGAACACGAUUUCUGUUCCCAUCCUGAAGCAAAGUUCUUAACCCGAGGUACUAUUUCUGGGUUAGCGGAGUCUGUAACCUGAAGCAAAUGUAACCUGAAGCGUAUGUAACUCGAGGUACCACUGUAUUGUAUUGCUGCAUCCCUGCAUCUAUGUGAUGAAAACCCUGACAAACCAUUUAGCAGCAGUGAAGUGCUAGUAAAGUCUGGUUUUGGAACUGGGACUCCUUAUUCAAAAUGUGGCUUUUCAAUUUGUAACCCAAAGUUCAGGGUGUGUGUUGCUAUAGUACUUUUCUUAUUUCUGUGGGCACACAGAUAGUGGAAGCCGCACUUACUGGGAAGCAAGCCCCAUUGCAACCACUGGAGCUUACUUCUGAGUAAAUAGGCAUAGGAUUGUGCUAUUGGAACAACUGAAUUUUAGAAAUCUUCCCCCUACUUUUUAUCCUUGGGAUUACUUUACACCUCUUUUCUCCUCCCUUUCAGAAAGGGAGGGACAAUCUUAGGGCCAGUUCACAUAUUCAGGUACAUCACUUGAGUACUUAUCACUUGACAGUUACCAGUGACCCAACUCUUUUUUCUUUUCCCCCUGCUGCUGUGUCUUUAACAGCACAUUGAUUGGGCAAAUAUAUGUUGAUGAGGCUUCUCUUGUCAUGGGGGUGGAGACUGCUGCCGUAGCUGCUGUUAAGGACACAAGAAACAGGGCUGGUUAAAAUCUUAAGAGUUAAAAUCUCUAAGAGUUCUGUCUAUGACAGCAGAGAAUUGCAAUGGUUCAUUCACAUAUGUCAGUCGUCCCUUAAUUCUGUAGUCCUGAAAAUAGACAUACCGUACAUGUAAUGAACCAAACUGUCGUUCUGCCUCUUUCUUGUGGAAAUUGCUUGAGUGCCUUUUAAGAGCUGGCUGGUGGUCAGUAAAGAAGGAAACUUUUCCUGACAUGGAGAUAAAGGAAUGAGCAAAGCAUCACCUGCCUUAUUUAUGCAGGUCAGUCUGCUGCUAAAAGCACUGAACCUGGUGGGAGUGGCUGCUUUUGAACCAUUGAACUUUUUCAUCACAUGUGCACAGAUGAAGCAGAUUCUCUAACAAAGAGGUAAUGCUACCUCUGGCCUCCAGGGAGCGUACAAAGAAAGUUUGCAGCAUUUGAAACUUUAGUUUCUAGCAGUUCGAAAGCACGUCAAAGUACAAGUAGAUAAAUAGGUACCGCUCCGGCGGGAAGGUAAACGGCGUUUCCAAGCGCUGCUCUGGUUUGCCAGAAGCGGCUUAGUCAUGCUGGCCACAUGACCCGGAAGCUGUCUGUGGACAAACGCCGGCUCCCUCGGCCUAUAGAACGAGAUGAGCGCUGCAACACCAGAGUCGUCCGCGACUGGACCUAAUGGUCAGGGGUCCCUUUACCUUUUUUAAAGGUGACUAAGAGAUGGUAAAGGUAAAGAGACCCCUGACCAUUAGGUCCAGCCGUGGACGACUCUGGGGUUGCAGCACUCAUCUUGCUCUAUAGGCCAAGGGAGCUGGCGUACAGCUUCUGGGUCAUGUGGCCAGCAUGACUAAGCUGCUUCUGGUGAACCAGAGCAGCGCACGGAAACGCUGUUUACCUUCCCGCCGGAGCGGUACCUAUUUAUCUACUUGUACUUUGACGUGCUUUUGAACUGCUAGGUUGGCAGGAUCUGGGACCGAGCAACGGGAGCUCACCCUGUCGUGGGGAUUCGAACUGCUGACCUUCUGAUCGGCAAGUCCUAGGCUCUGUGGUUUAACCCACAGAGCCACCCACGUCCCUUUUUAAGAGGUGGUAUGAUAGAAGUUUAUAAAAUUAUGUAUAUCAUGAGAAAAGUGGAGCUGUUGUGAACCUCUGUCUGUCUUGAGACAAUGGAGUGUGCCUCUGGGGGUGAAAUCAAACCAGUAUGUUAGCACCACCAAAGUGACCUCCCUGGGCCGGCACAAGCCUGGGCAGUAUGUCUGGGGGUCCUGGGCUGCCCAGAUGACAAGAGGUCAUGGACAUCCAAUGAAACUGAAUGUUGGAAGAUUCAGAACAGAUAAAAGAAAUUAUUCAUUCACAGAGCUCUUAGUCAAACUAUAGUACCGGUACUUGCUCCUACAGGAAGCAGUGCUGGCCUUCAAAGAGGGUUAAACAAAUUCAUGGAGGAGAGGGCUAUCCAUGGCUACUAGCGAUCAGGCUCUGCUGUGCCUCCACAAUGGGAAGCAGUACUGCUUCUGAAUACCAGUUGCUGGGAAUUUCAGGUUCUGCUGUGCUCAUGUCCAGCCUGCAGGCAUCUGGUUGGCUACUGUGAGGAUGCGGGACUAGGUGGCUAUUGGCCUGAUCCAGCAGGAUUCUUCUUUGGUUCUUAAUUAAACUCCAAACAUUGGAAGUAAAGCAGCAGUGCCCUCCAUCUCAGCAGCUGCAUUAAGGCAAAGUCUAAGGGCGUGGGAUUUCAGCUGCCUGACUGAAGCUAAGCAGGUCUGAGUCUGGUCGCAGUCUGGAUGGGAGACCUGGGAACCUCAUAGGGGAUACACCUGUAUACAAAUUAUAAAUAAUAAACAUCUCAUCACCCUGCCAAAUGCCAUAAUGUCUCCUGGCCUCCCCUCCAGGUGGAGUUGUCCCUUCUACGGCGCUCUUAUCGUGAGCUGGCCUCCCAGAUCAAUGUGCUGCUCCUAGAAAGGCUCUGGUAUGUCAUGCUGGAGCAGUUCCUCAUGAAGUACGUGUGGAGUGCCGCCGGGCUGGUCAUGGUAGCUGUGCCAAUCAUCACCGCCACUGGCUAUUCUGAAACAGGUGAGUGGAGGCAGUCUUUGUAAUUAGAAUGGAACAACAGGGUGACGGGAGCAUGUUGGGUGUCACUUACUGAUAUAGUAAUAAAGUAAAUAAUUGUUUGUUGGCAGGCGAUACUUGAGAAUGCUUUCAAGAUGCCAGACGAAGUGCCCGAUACCAGCUUGCUUAAGAGGCUUAGGGAGGGCAUCAGACUAGGCAUUGCUGCAGAUUCUCCUUGCCCUCUGCUUGCCAGUUUUGCCACAGUGAGGUACAUAUAACCACAAAAUUGCAGAGAGGGAAGAAAGCAGGAUAGAUGUGACAUGGCAGCCCCUGCCUCAGCCACAUCUUUCCAGUCCCGCCCCCCUUGCAGGAACAGAUUGUCUGAGCAGUGAAGAUGUGGAAGUGGCUGUAAUCUUUGGGUUGAAUUACACAUUUGGCAGAGUCUGGGGUCAGGACAUUCAAAACAGCUUCAAACUGACAGGAAGACUGUGUGAUUUAGAGAAGAAGCUUAGGGUAGGGGAAGAAAAUAUAAGCUGUUUUCCUGAAGAACACAGUAAAUGAAUGUGCAGAAUCUUAGAUUGAACUGGGGCAGGAGAUGAUAACAAGGUGAUUGAAGGUUGAAAGUAUCAGGUAAGGAAAGGGUUAAGCCCUGCACAUCCACUGCUUUAGUUUGGAGCUGCACCCUUUGCUUGCUGUUUUGCACCUCUUUGGAAGAUACUUGCAUUCCCAGUCCUUGGUCUUUGCUUUUAAAGGCCCACAACCAUUCUUCACUCUCCCUGAGGUCAGUUGUUUUUGUGUGUACAGAACUGGAAACCUUCACUGCACAUGAAAAUCCCUAGCUAUGGCACUGAACACAGAUGUUGGUUUUCAAAAACGGCUGUAGCUGGGGAGAUGUGAAGAGGAGACCCUGUUUUUCCUCCUUGGUUUUAUAGGCAACAGGUGUCCUUGUGUUAAUUGCAAGAGCUCCACUUAUGGUGGAAGUGAGAGGAGUGGUAGCAGAUUAUACAGACAGCUCACAGUGAAACUUUACAUGGGAUGUAGUAUUUAGAAUGUUUAGAAUGUUUAGAAGAUUUUAAAAUGUUGUAUUAUUUUAUUGUUGUUAGCCGCCCUGAGCCUGGCUUCAGCUGGCGAGGGCGGGAUAUAAAAAUUAUUAUUAUUAUUAUUAAUUCACCCUGUGUGUGUGAUCCUGAUUUCGUCAAUGAUAACUUGCUGGGCAGGUUGGCAGCUCACCUGUUCCAUAUAUCUUCUUGAGUAAUGAUACCUAGAAUGACAUGAAGUGUGUUGUCAGACUGAUAAUCUUAUAAUGUCUAGGCCUAAGCCUAGGCUAGAGCCCUGCUGCCUACAGUUUUCUUUCUGGAAGUUAUUUUUCUCUCCUGUUGCUCAAAGUUCUGGUGAAAUGACCAAUCAGGAUCAGCAGUAGGUGAUCAGGUUCCUCUUCCUGAGUUUAAAUCUAAUUAUACAGAUAUUUGAUGAUUAAAUGUAAAGGUAUUACAGAAACCGAAAGGCUGAUCAUCCCAGGAAGAUUUGUUGCUUUCUUUGUUGUUUUCGCUGUGGGUGUCUGAGCUGUCCCUGCCCCUGCCCUCCUUGAAGUCUGAAGAGGAUCUUUGUUAGCUUAGUCUCUGGGACCUGCCCAGUUAGAGUAGGAGCUGAAGAUCCAGUGAUCCAGUACAGGCUGUUCAGGGGUUUCCUAAUCUGGUUGCAGCUGUAGCAUCUGCUACCAAGGGCCCCUCUGCUACCUAGAUAUUGUCUUAGCUGCUUUCUCCCAUGUUAGCCAAGAGACAGACCAAUGGCUAUUUAAGCUACUCCUUCCUCCAGCACCCACAUCUACAACAGGGAAGGCUCGCUCUGUCACCACAUGUUCCUGACAUUAGGCCCUGUAUGCAGCCCCACUGCCCUGCAAAAUUCAAGGGGUGGCAGAACAAGAGAGGUGUUGCAACAUCUUCCCCUCCAACAUGUGUCUGGCCCCAACAUUGCAUACCCUCCAGCAGACACACCUGUUUGCAGGCCUUUGGAGGUGAAGGUUAAAGAUGGAAUAACCGUUUUCCCCAUGCUGUGUUGCUGCAGCUGUUUUGCCAUUGUUAAGUUAAUGCUAUGGUUUUCAAGUAUGGUUUUAACUGGAGUUUUAGCUUAAUGUGCUGCUCUAAUUUGUUUUAUUGAUUUUGGAAUGCACCUUGCCCUGGGACAUAUGGUGAAGGGCAGGUAAUAAGUAUUCCAAAUAAAUAAAACUGGCAAACGAAGGAAAUAUUUAAGGGAAUAACUCUGUUAAAACAUCUUUGCUAACCACAAGGGUGCAAGAGAGAAUGAAAGAGCCUUUUCCUGUGCCUAGAAGCAAAUGCCUCAAAUGCCUAGGGGAGAGGUUUCACCAAUGCCAGUGAUGCUGGCAGGAGGGAGUUUCAGAGUCCUCUGCUUAUCUUUUCAUUCAUGCAGGAAGUAAUCAGUAGGCAAGUGUUCCUGGCCAGAGGGAAAGGAUUCCAGGUGAGAGCAUGUGAUUUCCAGGCAAACUCGGGUCCUAAAAACAGCUGUGGAGCUAGAAAAUGGAGGGUAGAGAUGUUGUCCUUGGAGUUUCUGCUGACCAUGUCGGUUUCCCCUCCUAUGCCAGACCCUGAGGCAGUGAAGCAAGCUGCGCUGGACAUGGAGGAGAAUGAGCUGGUGAGCCUGAGAACCGAAGCCUUCACCACAGCACGGAGUCUACUGAAUGCAGCAGCUGAUGCGACAGAGAGAGUCAUCUCUUCUUACAAAGAGGUACGGAUGCAGCUUGGCUGCUUGGGUUGACCCAGAAGGAACUGGGUUGGUUUGAUUAUCAAUUGAAGGAAGGGAAUAAGCCACGUCGUUUCUGUUUUCCUCUGAGGGGAAAUCCUAAAAUUGCACAUCUCUGCAAGGCACAGCCCACACCCAGAAGGUUGGAAGACCUGGGAGCACAAUGACCUGGCAUCAGUUCCCAGUUGCACAUCAGCGUCCUAGAUUCUGCCUUACACGAUCAUGUUUUCCAACACCCACAUGCAAGAUCUUUGACCUAGUGCAGUGCUCUAAUACUUCGUGGGAUUGGUUUUGAUCUGUAACAGACCAAAUGGUUCAAAGCAGACAUCUAAUUUUGCCCUCCUAUGUACACACUCUUGGGAAUAAUUCCCUUUGAACUUGGUGAGACUUAUGUAUAGGAUCUGUCUAGAACAUGGAUCGGCAAACUUAAGGGCUGCAGGCUGGAUCAGGCCCAAUUGCCCUCUGGAUCCAGCCUGCGGACAAUCCUGGAAACACCACUUGAAUCGGCGUGAUCAUUUGGACUGCGCCUUUUUUUGCAAUUUUUUUCGGGCGCCAUUUCCGCCCCACCCCCAAACACACAAUGGCGACGCCUCCUCCGGGCUUCUCCCCGCCCUGCGGAGGACGGGAGCUGUGCUUUGAUUGGUGCCAGCCAUCCAAAGCCUCGCCACCCGCCUCUCCGUCCAUGGCCGCGCUGUGGGCAUCGUGACGGGUGUGUCAGGGGGUUUUGGCUGAAGCUUGGCGUGCCUGCUGGCCCCGCCACCUGGCACCCGGGAAAGCUGGCCCGGAAAGGAGAGGCAGCGCCAGCGGUGGCUCCCAACCGCAGGCAGAGUGGAGGAGGAGGUAGGAAAGCGAGGGGAGGGGAGGGGCUGGGGGAGAGAAAGAAUACCCCCUCUGUCACAUGCGUGUAUGUGCGUGUGCAGUCUGGCUCACCUCUAGGUCUGAGGGGCAGUGAACUGGUCCCCUCCUAAAAAAGUUUGCUGACCCCUGGUCUAGAAUAGGAAUGAGCAUAAGGUGGAUCUGGAACUAGUGCGGUAUUUUUGCAGGUAUUUGUGACUCCCGAUUGUUUAAUAAUUGCAGCAACAAAAUGACAUAUCUUGCUUCCCAACCAGACUUCUAAAAUGAAGAAACAAGGAGUAGAUUUUUUACAUGGAAGAACUGUGAACUCAGUUCAGUUCUGAUAACUCAACACAAUUCCCUGGGUUCAGUAGCUGCUCAAAGGCACCAUGUUCUUUAAUUCUUAGCACAUGUAUUCCAAACCAGGCUCCAAUUGGUGGAGCUUGAUGGUUCUAGGGAAAUGCAAUGUAUAUUCCACAAAUCUGCCCUUUCCUAGACCAGAACAUACUGUAUUUCCUUUAUUUCAUCACACACUCUAAGGGAAUCUCCACAUGAUUGGUCUUUAAACCUGAUUGAAACUCUGGUUCUUUACACACUAUACCUUUAAAGAACAUUAGGAACUUAUUCUCCUCCCAAAAAUCCUGGGCACUGUAGUUUAUCCCUCACAGAGUUACAUUUCCCAGCAACCCUUAACAGACUAGAGUGCCCAGAAUUUUUUGAGAGAAAGAAUGUGCUUUAAAGGUAUAGUGUAUGCAUAAGCUUUGAUUGAAACGGGCCAAUAAAACUCCAGGUUAGACAUCUGGGACCCUCAGUUAAAGAGAUUUGAAACUUAUUUAAAUGUGUUUCGUCUCACACGCACGCACGCACGCACACACACACACACACACACACACACCGCCCUGCCAUCUAAUGGCAUCCUCCUAACAAUGCCAACUAUGUGCCCCAGGUAGAGAGAAACUGCCAGUGGUUACUCACAGGAACUUCCUAGGGAACUCUGCCUUUGGAAACGUUUUCUUCUGGGAAGGUUGCUGAAGCAACCUCCUGCAACUUUGGGAAAGGACCUUGGCUCAGUGGUCAAUCAGAUGCUUUGCAUCCGGAAGGUUUCAGGUUCAAUUCCUGGCAUUGCCAGUUAAAAGGAUCAGAUGAUGGGAAAGGCUGAGAUUUAAGACUCUCGCAGAGCUGCAAGCCCAACAAUAAUGGGCUACAUAUAUGAGACCAAGAGUCUGACCUGGUAUGUGGCAGCUCUCUCUACUCAUUAGUGGGAUGCAGUUCUGUGUGUGCUUGGGAAAAAGGAGCAUUGAGCUAUAUGGGAAUUCUGAGUAAUUCGGCAUAUUAAAACUUGACAGACUGAGCUGGUUUCAGGAGUCUGGAGCGAAGCCAGAAGGUCUGUAAUAUUAGUGAUUGUUGUGGGGUUGUUGUUUUUACCUGUAUGCUUGGAGUGAUUUCCCAAUGCUGGAUACUCUGGGUAACACUCAUUGACAUCAAUGGGUUUACUCUAUGAGUUAAUGGAUAUCAGUGGGCUUAAUGGGAUCUACUCUCAGUGAGACUGUUGUUGUUUAGUCAUUUAGUCGUGUCCGACUCUUCGUGACCCCCUGGACCAGACUCCUGUCUUCCACUGCCUCCCGCAGUUUGGUCAAACUCAUGCUGGUAGCUUCGAGAACACUGUCCAACCAUCUCGUCCUCUGUCGGCCCCUUCUCCUUGUGCCCUCCAUCUUUCCCAACAUCAGGGUCUUUUCCAGGGAGUCUUCUCUUCUCAUGAGGUGGCCAAAGUAUUGGAGCCCCUGCUUCAGGAUCUGUCCUUCCAGUGAGCACUCAGGGCUGAUUUCCUUAAGAAUGGAUAGUUUUGAUCUUCUUGCAGUCCAUGGGACUCUCAAGAGUCUCCUCCAGCACCAUAAUUCAAAAGCAUCAAUUCUUCGGUAAUCAGCCUUCUUGAUGGUCCAGCUCUCACUUCCAUACAUCACUACUGGGAAAACCAUAGCUUUAACUAUACAGACUUUGUUGGCAAGGUGAUGCCAACAUUAGUCUCAGUGAGACUAAUGUUGGCUAUUACCAAGAACAUCCCAACUCCAGCCCUAAAAGCUUCGUGUUUCCCUUCUGGGCUAAGGUAUGUUACUUGCUGCUUCCUAAUUCAGGUGACUGAGCUGGCCGGGUACACUGCUCGCGUACAUGAGAUGUUCCAAGUGUUUGAAGAGGUGAAAGCCUGCAACUUCCGGCGCCCUGGAGAACUUGAGGAGGGUCAGGCUCAUGCUGGAAGAGUGAUGAAGCAUGGCGUGCGGGUAGAAGGGCCGCUCAAAAUCCAAGGUAAGGCCUUCAGCUCCAGACUGUAUUGGGCUGACAUGGCACACCUGCACUGCUGCUGGCCUGGUAACUGUGAGAUGCAUCCUGCUAGAUCAAGAGAUGAUGUUCACGUGGUGGCAAGGAUCAAACCAAGAUGGUUAUCUUAUUUACAAUUACUCAGAAGUCCCAUAAAACCCAAUGGGACUUUCGGCCAAGUAAACAUGCACAGAUAUUGGGGUACAGGAACCCAGAGACAGCUGCAUAGCUUCCGUCAGAUCUAGUUCUCAGUGAGCUGGUAAACCUGCGCCUGGGCUAUAGCACUUCGAAUUGCAGGUCGGGGCUCCCGUGACUGAAGGCACUUCAUUACAAAACAAACCACGUAGGAGCCAUCUUGCCAGGGGUUCUCUCAUCUGUAUUCCUGCCUUUUCUUACUGCAACAUGCAAGGGAGUUACUUGUGAGUGCUUAAUUUUAGUUACUUUUUUUUGUACAGUCCAAAAGAAAGAAAGGCAGCAUGUCAGAAGGCUUCCCCCAGAUAACAAGGGGGGGGGGAGGGUUGUGUGGAGGUUUAAAAAACAUGUUUCAUAUGGAGGGGACUUUUCAAGGGAGCUCUUGCACCAACAAUCUAAAGUGGUACAUUCCGGAUGCAUGUUUUACCACCUCGGUGAGAACUAGACCUUUCUGCCAGCAAGUCAGAAUUGUCUCCUGCCUGCUUGACUGUGCACCUACUUUCUUUCCCCUCCUUUCCUGAGUAAUGCACAUAGCCCUGCCAAGGAGAGGCAGAUUGGUAAUUGCUCUAUAGCACAAUAGAUGCUAGAGCAUCAUCCUGUACAUACAAAUACUGAUUUCAAUUCUUGGAGUGCCAGUCCUUAUGUAGCCAAUAUAGUAUCACCCGUGCACAAGAGGGAGGCAUUAACAGACUCAGGGGAACACUGCCAUUUGAACUACAAAAGAACCUUUAGAGAAAGACAUGCGAAAACACUGAGCAUGCUCAAUGGGCACCUAACGCUGACUGUCUCUUGGGAGGUAAAAAUGGAAAGAUGGAGUGGCGGGAAUCCUGAAUAGGGAGCACUGCACUGCAACAUUUUGUUCCAGGUCCAAGGUAUGGGGAACCUUUGCCCCCCAUGCCACUGCCAUCUGCCUCAGCUGGCGUGACCAAUGGCCAGGGACAGUGGGAGGGUUAGCUCAGCAACAUCUGGAGGACCAAGGGUUCCCCACACCUGCUUUAUGCUAUGGACAACUAACCUAUAAAGCAUGGAUAAAUGAAAAGACAAAGGAAACACAAUCCCAAACUACUUUUGAUGAGUUGAUGGCUGUGUCAGUUGCCCAUCUCUAGUUGGGGAGUGGGCAGUCUGUGAAUCCAGAGUCUGUGCCUGUAAGUUUUGUUUCUCUGCUGCUCUGUGUCCGCUCUUACUUCUUUUUUUGGUGUCCUGCUUCUCUUCUUGUUCUCUCUCUUCCACCAAACCCUUCUCUUUCUCCAGCAUCAUCUCCAUCUGUCCCAAAGCAAGUUCACCUCCUCUUGUCUUUGCCCUCACAUUUUACACCUCUCUCUCCAUCUCUUCAUCCUGCAGCCCAUCACAUCACGGGAGCAGGCAUUGUACCUGCUUCUUGCUCUCUGUUGACAACAGCUUCCCUGGUUAUUAUUAAAAUGUACAGUUCUAGGCCAGAGUCUGUGCUGGUAAUUCUGUUUUGUGCGUGUUCAUUAGAUUUUUAUCUUGUCUUUCUAUCAAACGAAAUGGCUCAAGUGACUUACAGAGUUGAAAUUUGCAAGUUGACAAGGCUAGGGCUGUGGGUAUUCUGUUCAUUAAAAAAAAAAACCUGCUUAAAUUGAGCUUAAAUUCAGGGCCCUGGAUAAAUUAUGCAAAUUAAGUAUAUUUCUCUGAUAUGUUUUGCAUAAUCUAUUGACAACAUUGCACAAUAGGUCCUGUUUCUGUUAGUCAUGGGGGGUGGGAUAUGCUGGCAAAGGAGCCCCCCUGCAGAGAGCAGUGUUGAACCCUCCACUCUUCAGCUGGAGAAUGGAGACGUCAGUCCUGCUGGGUCCUACAGACUCCUCCACCCAUCUUGCAUCUGAUGAUUGGCAGAUGAGUGGUCCCACACACCUGUCAAAGCUGGCUCAUGGGGUUGGGGAAAUAAAGAUCUUAGCCCACUGGGCCAAAAAGACUCCCCACUCCUGCACUACAAAACUGUUGCCUCAGUGGCAUUGUUAGUUCAGGAAAACGUGCAGAAAAGGGCAUCCAAAGUGAUCAGUGGGUGAAGCAACUUGCCCAGGAGGAAACAUUACAGCUCUGGGGGAUUUUCAGUUCAGGAAAAAAAGUGAAUAAGGUAGGACAUGACUAAGGUUCACAAAAUGCUGCAUGACAUGGAGAAAGAGACAUUUUCCUCCCUUCAUCACAACUCUAGAACUUGGAGUCAUCCUGUGAAGCUAGUUGAUGGGACAUUCAGGACAGAAGUGCUUCUUCCCCAAGCAAUAAGCAGUGAAAUUCACUUGCUCAGGAUGUGUGGACAGCCACCUUCUUUAAAGGUGGAUAAGGGAGGAUUAGGCUGCUGCUGGCUGCAAGGCAUGAUGCCUAUAUGUUACCUCCAGGGUCAGCGUCUCUCUCCAUGCCAGUUGCUGAGAGUAGGCCAUUUUCCUCAUGUCCUCUUUGUGGGCCUCUCAGCGGCAUCUGGCUGGUCACUGGGGAAAUGGGAUGGUGGACUAGACAGACCUUUGGUCUGAUCCGUCAGGGCUGUUUGUAUGUCCAUUGGUUAUCACUGGAUCCUCUAAGAUGGGACAGCUCUGGCAAUCCUACCAGCUAAUGGCUCAUCCUAAUACACUUCCUCACCUGUUAUCCUGGCUUCAUCCCAUAAACAAAUACCAGCUGAACCUCCUCUGACCUGACCGCAAGUUGACUUCCAGUUGGGUCAGAUAACAUGACAGCAGUGGAAGGAUAACUAUUUGUCUCCUGUGCCUUGAAGGCUGAGGAGGAGUUUUGGCAGGUACAGUGUUCCUCACUUUGUAUGAAGUGGCACCUGUCAAAGUUAUGUCUCCCAUUUGGUUUGCAAUAGUACAGCAGCCCUCCUUUCCAUCCCAUUAUUCUCCCUGGCCUGGCUGGAUUAGACCAGCAGGGCUUUGGGUCCUGGAGCCUCUUCUGGAAGCCAUGCUUUGUUCCCAGAAACAUAUAACAUAAAGUCAUGUGCAUGUUAAUACCAAAUGGAGGAGUGCACAUGAGCAUGUGCAGAAUGCCUUAAUCUAACCAGUGAGCCAUAGCCAUUCCCUGCAGAUCCAGUGUCAGAGAGGGGCCUGUCGCAAACCAUCCUGAGGACUGAGAUGGACAACGUUUAGCAGAUAUAGGGGCUCCACCUUGCAUUCUUCCUCCAUUCCCAGGCAAAGUCUAAAUUUGGGCUUGAGCAAGAGAGGAGACAGGAGGAGGAUUGUGAGAGGGUGUGCUGCCCCCUUCUGGCUGAGCCUGUGUUCACUCUUGCAAGGGUUGGAACACUGUCUUUCAUUGUGGAUUUGAUAUCCAGUCUCUUCCUUCCUUCCACCCACAUCCCAUCCCAUCCCACCCCACCCCAUUUUGCUUACAGGACGUGUGGUUGAUGUUGACAAUGGAAUUGUCUGUGAAAACAUCCCCAUCAUCACCCCCACUGGAGACGUCGUGGUCACCAGCCUCAAUAUUCGGGUAAGUAGUAAAAAACAAAGUUUGAAAGCGGGGAGCAGGAGCCGGGAGACUUUGGCUGAGUUGGCUGUGCCUUUAACAGUUGCCCGAUAUCCAGGAAUUUGCAUGUGAUAACAUUGAUCCCUGUAUUCCAAUGCCAUGAGAAGUUUGCAGACUUCUGCAGAUCAACUUGCUCAUGAAGGCACGGGAGCAGAGCAGACCCCAUUUCCUUUUUUGCUACUGGUUGCUAAGCCUGUUGUGUAUUAUUGCUUGAAAUUCUCUUCUGUAUUGUUGCUUGAAAGAUAUAUCCUAGGGCAGAGUUCUAACAUUGAGAGGUUUCUAACGCUGAAGGCCUGGAAGAACCUUCUUCAGAUUCAGCAGGGUUGUUAAAAGAGAGAUGGAGAUAAGGCUGGGCUGAGAUUGCAAGCUUUUUUGUCGGUAGGAGAUAUGAAGCAGCAAAGUUGAGGGAAGGGGGUGGGUGGGACAGAGAGUCCCUGCCAGUGCUGCUGACUUUGCAAGGUCAGGUAGGAGGAGCAGGGGGUGUGGUGUUGGGGGGGGGGCUGAUAAGACCUUGAUCACUGCCUUCUCUUUAUUAUAUUUUGCAAGAGCAUAGAAAGAGCUGGAAAAUCGGCCAGAGUACGGGAGUGGGGCGAGAGAGAGAGAGAGCCUGACGUGGCUCAGAGAUAGUUGUCAGGGCACCAUAGGGGUAAUGUCACUUGGCAGGUGGCCUAAAGUGGCUGGCAGAUCACAGAUUUCUUACGUUCUGGGCCAUUUGGGGUGGGAGUGGGGCCAGGUUCCCAAGGCAGGGGAGUUGAAUCUAUACUCCAAAGGCCAAGGAGAGAUGGGGCAGGGGAGUCUGGCCUUUACAGGUCCAAGGCAACCAAAAGCGACUUACAGCCAACCAACCAACCAACCAAAUUAACAACAAAAACAACAUAGAUACAUUAAAACUGAGGGGGGGGGGUGGAGGGAAACAGUGCAUUAAAAGCAUCCCACCCACUUCUAAAAGGCCACAGAUAGUGAAAGGCCAAAGACCUGGCUAUAGAGAAAAGUCUUUGCCUAGCACUUAAAGAUUUAUAAUGAUGGUGCCAGACGAGCCUCCCUGGGGAGAGCAUUCCACAAACCGGGAGCCACCACAGAAAAGGCCUCUUCUCAUGUUGCCGCCUUCCAGACCUCUCAUGGAGGAGGCACACAAAGAAGGGCCUCCCGUCAUGAUCACAGGGUUCAAUUCAGUUCAUAUGAGGAGAGGUGGUCCUUGAGCUAUUGCGGUCCUGAGCUGCGUUAUAGGUCCAAACUAGUGUAUUCCUUCUUACAAACCUGCCUGGGCUCUGAGAUCUUCUGGGGAGGCCCUUCUCUCGGUCUUGCCACCCUCACAGGCGCACUUGGAGGGGGUGCAGGAAGGGCCUUCUCAGUGGCUGCUCCCAGGCAACUUUGGGACUCCUUCCCUAGAGAAGCUAGACUGGCUGCUUCCCUGCUGUCUUUCUGCUGUAGGUGAAGACAUUCUUGUUCCAGUGAGUUUUGGGGAACUGACUGCUGUUCCCAGUGCUGUUUUUGUUUUGAUGUGAUUGUAUUUUAAAAAAAUAUACAUAUAGUUUUAAUUCUGUUAAUGUUUAAUUGUUUUUCAGUGAUUUUUACCUCUCUAUGUUUUUAGCUGUUCUUUUUUAUCUGUAAGUCACCUUGAGUCCCUGUCAGGAAAAAAGGUGGGUGAUAAAUAAUAAAAUAAUAAUAAUAAUAAUCAGACAUACUACUCUCUGAUGUCUUCUUGCAGGUGGACGAGGGCAUGCACCUGCUGAUCACUGGCCCAAAUGGCUGUGGGAAGAGCUCACUGUUCCGGAUCCUGGGGGGACUCUGGCCAACAUAUGAAGGCAUCCUCUACAAGCCACCCCCACAUCGUAUGUUCUACAUUCCACAGAGGUACAAAGGACCAGUAUUCAGAUGUCUGCAGGGAAGGGAAAGGCGGGUGAUACAAUGGAACAAAAAAGAGAGAACCUAAGACUCCUGGUUGCUCUUCGUGGGGCUGAAUGUGUUAAAAUUAGGAAAUAGAAUCAUAGAAUUGUGUAGAGUUGGAAGGGAUCCCAAGGGUCAUUAGUCCAACCCCCUGCAAUGCAGGAAUCUCAGCUGAAGCAUCCUUGACAGAUGACCAUCCUGCCUCUGCUCUAAAACCUCCAAGGAAGAGUCCACAACCUCCCGAAGGAGAGCCUUCCAAUGUGGAAUAGCUCUUGCCUUCAGAAAGUUUUUUCGGAUGUUUAGUUUGAAUCUCCUUUCUUGUAACUUGAAGCCAUUGGUUUGAGUCCUACCCUCCAGAGCAGGAGAAAACAAGCUUGCUCCAUCUUCCACGUUGUUUUAGCAUUUGCGUGUUUGCCGUCCUGGCUUCCUUGGGAGGAAUGGUGGGAUAUAAAUUGUGUUGUUGUCAUAUUAAUAUAUUUGCACACCAAGGAAUAUUAUGACUUGUCUGCUUGGUAUCUCAUGGUAGGCCAUACAUGUCUGUGGGAACCCUGCGAGACCAAGUGAUCUACCCAGACACUGCAGAGGACAUGGCACGGAAAGGGAAGACGGACGCUGACUUGGAGAGGAUCCUGGGCAUUGUCAACUUGAACUACAUUGUGCAGCGUGAGGGAGGUGGGUGCAACCAGGAGAGGUGGGGUGAGCAUGAGCGAGAGAGAGAACACACAAACCUUUAAUUCAUGGGAGACAAAUGGGGAGGGAAAUUGUCAUUUCUGCUUCCUUUGCCUCUGGCUGUGUGGAGCAGAAAGUGAAUGGGCAAGCAGGGCGCAUGGGAGGGUCUGCUGCACCAUCUGCAUUGACCAAUGAAAUCUCUUACCUUUCCAUCCAUGGGCGGGGCCAGGCUGGGAAGCAGUCAGCGACUGGAAGGAUGUGCUCUCUGGUGGCGAGAAGCAGCGCAUGGGCAUGGCCCGCAUGUUCUACCACAGGUUAGUGCCUACAAGUGCAGUGAGACGCCUGAUUAUUGGCCGCUGCUGCUAUUCUGUGCAUGGGAUUCAGUUGCAUUCCAGCAAAUUCACAUAGAGUAAUUAAAGUGGCUUUGGCAGUCUUGUGCAACAAACCUACUUCUUUAAAAAAAUGGGGGGGGGGGGUUUCAGUAAGGAAAGUGACAGGAAAAAGCAUUGGGAAGCAGGAGAGAAGAAUCACUUGACGCAAUGUUUGUAUAACCUCUUGGCAAAUAAAUCGGGGUGAGUGCUAUGUAAGCAGCAGAUAUUUCAUAACCUUCCCACAAACUUCGUGCAAAGAAAUGAGGCAGGUUGUCUGGAAUCAACCAUAAUCCCCCUAGCAGAGGACUACCCCAGUGUUGUGCUUUCCAGACAUUGUGUACUACGACUUCCAUCAGUCCAUGGCCAACAAUCAGGGAAGAUGGGACUUGUAGUCCCGCGACCCCUUUUCUCGCGGUCCCUCUUGCAUUUUUGCUCAUCCUGCUGCCGGCUGAGGAUGGGAAUGCAGUGUGUCCUUCCAUCAGUAGAAAGGCAGCAGAACCAAAGCUGAGACCAGCGAAAGUCACACCAAAAGGGUGAUAUUGGGAAAUACUGCCAGGAUCACAGCUGAAAGGUGGAAGAGGCGCAGAUUAGAUCAGGAAUUGUGGAGGGAGGUGCGGAGGGGAAGGUGGAGGACUGCAGUGUUAGGAGUGGCCGUGUACAGACUGGCUUGGCCAAAGAGCCACUUUGGGGUCUCUCAUUUGGGCUGCUGCUCUUCCUCCCUAGGCCAAAGUACGCUCUCCUGGAUGAAUGCACCAGUGCCGUCAGCAUUGAUGUAGAAGGCAAGAUCUUUCAAGCUGCAAAAGAUGCUGGGAUAGCAUUGCUCUCGAUCACCCACCGACCUUCACUCUGGUAUGUUUUGUGCUCCACCCACAGUCUUCUGCCUGGUAUGUUUCUUUAGGCCUUUCUUCCUUUGGAGCCCCUUGAUCUAAGGACUUUAUAUACAUCUAUCUCACUCUUCCAUGGGGCUCCCAAUGGUCUUCCCGCUUCCAUUUAAUGAUUCUACAGUACUGGCUGCUCUAGGAUCACUCUCCUGUCCUGCUCAGGGAGCUUCCUGUCUACAAGACCAGGACAUCCAGGCUAGUUAGUUGGAGUCAUUUGGACACAUGUUUUCUCCCUUCUUGCCCAUCAGCUGUUUGUGGAGUCAGCUGUGCCACACACUGGCCCAUGAGUGGGGCUUUUGAGAGAGCAGGGAAGGCUGGGGAGAUCCCUGCAGCAGCGUGCCUCCUCACGCCCUCAGUCUCCAUGGUGGUACACCUCUGCCACAAAUGGAGCAGUUUCUCCACAUACCUGAUUUACCAGGCAGGAUUCCCUGUGGGCCACCCCUUAUUCUCUCUCUCUCUUUCUCAUACAGGGGACAGGGAAUUGGAGAAGGAGGAUGGGGAACCAUCUGAGCAUUAGAUGAGAAGUGGACUGGCAGGCUUAUUAUGCCUCCAGGAGUCUGUCCACACUUCUACAUCCAUUUACUCUGCUUCUACCUAUCCCUAUGAUUGUUCAUGCUUUUAUAUCCCCCCCUUUCUCCCCAAGAAGCUGGAAUGCCAGACCACCCCACCUGCCAGACUCCUCCCCCCCAGUAUCAGAGUCAGUAUCUCCCCAUCCCAGCUUUCAUCAUACCCCCAAACCUCAGUUGCCACUGCAUGAACCCCCUUCCUCCUCUGGUUCACACUUGGCACUGCCACCCAGACAGGGUAGGAAAGGGUUGUGUCAUUAGUGAGCCUGGAGGCAGGCCCUGUCAUUUCCUCUGUGACCAGUAGAGGCUGCCAUAGAGUGGAUCACCUGUCUGGUUCCCCUUUGCUCGACCCGGACAGGGAAAGAGGGGUUUUGGAGGAGGACCUAGAAUAACCCACUGACUCCAAAAGUCCUGUGUCUUUAAUAAACUGAAGCUUUAUGACAGCAGAGGAUGCACCUGCUAAAAUCUUCCUUUCUGCACACAUUGUGAAAGGGACAGGAGACUGUUUUUGCAUAGAGUCUGGCUGCGCCUGGGCCUGCCCACCUUGUCCUUUCCUGCCCCCAGAAGACUUCCUAUCCUCCCCGCAUCUCUCCCUGUUUCCACCGCCCCUCCAGUCCCUGGCUGUCUCCCAAGCAGGGAGUCACGUCCCCAGCAGGAAGCCGUGUGGGCGGAGGGGGGCAUCAGAGUCUCAUCCUUGGAGACUGAGAGCCGCUUUGUUCCUGACUCCCCCAGAGACAGCUCAGCGGAAAGAUCCCUCCCCAGGAGCAGGCAGGGAUGCCAACCCCACCCACGCACAGGGCGCUCGCUGGACUCCGAGGAAUGAGGGGCAGCAGCAAGAGCUCCAGGCCAAGCGCACGGGGGUGUGGGGUGUGGAGAGAUUGCUGGGAGGCCCGGAGCAAAGCGUAGCACAGACCAGCAUCUCAAGCAGCCCUUCCCUCUUCACUUUCAGGAAGUACCACACCCACCUCCUGCAGUUUGACGGGGAGGGGGGCUGGCGUUUUGAGAAGCUGGACCCUGCAGCCCGUCUCUCCCUGCGAGAGGAGAAGCAGCGCCUGCAGCAGCAGCUGGCCGGAGUCCCCAAAAUGCAGCAGCGUCUCAGUGAACUUUGCCAAAUCUUGGGUGAAGAUACGGCCUCUCCAGCGGGACACAUCUGAGAGAGCCAGGCACCCUGAAGCAUCCCCUCACCAUUCCUGCCCCAGCCCACUCGGCUGAGUGCUCAGUAAGAGGAUCCCGGCUGCUUUCCUUUCCUCCUGGGAGCUGCAGAAGAAGGCCGGCUUGUUGCCCUGGCUGCUGAAGGAAGAGUCACGUUUUCUCUGCUGGGGCAUCGCUUAUUUCUGGCACCUGUUGACUGUGCCCUUCGCCACCUUCUCUCACUUAGCCUGCCUCGUUCUAGGACUGGAGGGAGGGAAUGGGUCACCUCGUCCUGACAAGUGACUCUGAAGUUUUCUCUCUCUCCCACACACACACCUCACACACACAGUGCCUGAAUAUCCCAAGAUAGUAACGCCAAAGCGUGGGUUUUGUUGCCCCACUGCCAUUCUCUGCCCUCUGCAUCUGUGGAUGUUUUGGAGUGAGCUUCCAGCAUCAGCCACACCUCAGAGGCCUGGAAGGUUCAGCAGGACCGGUCUCCGCCUUUCUCCACACAAAACAGCCGCACAACAUUUGAUACGAAUCCAAGCCAUGAAUGUAGCUCUUGCACCUUUCUCCCUGGUGGCCUCCUUUUCGCCACAACUGGGCUGUAGAAGCUGGUUGCAUAGGGCAGCACCAAAAACCCCUCCCCUUCAACCUUCACCCCCUGAGCUCCUCUUGAGGAAGCCUCCUUACCUGGACACCAUGUGGGUGACAUGGCAGCCAAGGGAGCAAGUUAGGAAAUCCACGUUGCUCUAGAUCAGUAAUUUUCAACAGUUUUCUCUGAAACCUUGCUGUUCCUCAGAACUUACAGAGAGCUUCCCAGUGGGUAAGUUAUGCAAGGCAAGCGGUCAAAAAACCUCACCACGACAUCUUUGACCGACCUUCCACAACUGUUUCAGAAUGUGGGGUUGGUUCAUUUUUCUGGGGCAACAGUUUAGGUCUGCCUCAUGCCCUUACAAACGGAGUGUGUGGCCUAAGAUGCCUCUCACACUGCAGGGGUCCCAGACACAAAUUGGGUCCUCAGCAGAUAAGCCAAUAUGGAGUCCCCUGAGGUGGGAAGCCUUGAAAGCCACGGUCCUGGGCUGUCUUGGGCCCCUCUUGUGCAACUCUGUAGAACAUAAAGCCCUUCCUGAGGCUUUGUCCUCGUGGCUUCUAAUACUUUAGUCCCUUAAUUUUGAGGGACUGGUCUUCCCUGUGAAGGCCAGCUGAAGGCCCCGUGCCAUUUGCUUAGGGCACUUUCUAUGGGAACUUGCUGAGACUUGAUUUCCAUACAGCUAUCCUUUAGGACUUGUUCUCCUUGAAAUAGCAGGAAUUCUCCUGGGGUCAUUUCCCCUCGUUUUCUAAAGCAGGGUGGAGGUGGAGUUGGAGGUAGAGAAAGAGAAAGAGAUGUUUUUGUAUACAGACAACAAGGCCUCAGCCAGUGAAGCUGCAUUAGUUCAACUGCACAGCAUAUAUCCACAUUAGGAGGAGUGCAGCAAUUUGGGUCUUGCCUCUUGCCAUGUGCGUGAUGCGAUGGAGAGAGGGAGCAUGUGGCAAAGGAACUAGGAUUGCUGGUUGUCCCCUAUUUCACUUAUGCCAGUGUUAGUCUGCACAGAUGUGUCUAUUCUUAAAAACUGAGCCGCCUUUUAAUUAGUCAUGAAGGUGAUUGGUGCUGUUGUUGUUACUGUUGUUGUUGUUGUUAUUGUUAUUGUUAGAAGACUCACUGCCAGUUGUGUUUUCCACGUGAAAUAACAGACCAGCAAGCUAUUAAUGAUGUGUGCUCCCAUGUCCUUUAAAUGCACAUUUAGCUACAGCCAUCACACAGUUAUUUGUUUUAAAUAUUUCAGCCGUUGGCUUUGAUGGGGGGACAUCAGGGUUUGCCUCAUGUACUAGGUUCUCUCCCCUCUGCCCUUUUGCACGGGUAUUUCCUCCUCUCCCCGCUUGCCUCCCUUUCCCAAUCCUGCUGCUUCCAAGCACACCUCAUCUUCCUAAGAAAGCAAAGAAGAUGCAUGGUUGCUUAGGGGAAAUGAACCCUCGGCUCUCCCUUUGUGAAACAUCUUGCACUGGCCUGCAGUCGUGUGGGCUACCAUGCUUGGCCCUUGAACUUAACUGGCAGCAGCAGAGUCUGGCAAACCACCCGCUGUGUUAACUUUCCCACAGUGCUCCAGAGUGCCUGACUUAGCAACACUUUGCGUGGUGUGCAGCAACUCGGGCCCAGCGGCUGCUGACGUAUAAGGCCUUAGCCAGAGGGGAGGGGGCUCAGAGCUAUACCAGCCCUGCAACCUGCAUUGACUAAAUCUCUGUUCUUGCAAAAAACAGAGCAGGAGGCAUCAUUUGACAAUGAGGCUGCAUUAAGCUGGGUGGCAGGCCUGAUUCCACAGCUCUGUGCCCAGGGACACCUGGCAACUGGCCCUCUGGCACCUGGAACCCUGCUUGUCCCAUGGGGGAGCCAUCCCUGAUUGGGAUAGACGCAUUGCUCUCAAAUGGCAUGUUGCUUCUGGAGGAGUAAAACCACAGCUUGGCAGCCCACAGCCUGUAGGUUUCAUACAACCUUCCUGAGGCUCCCUGUACCCCAUGAAAUCACCACUUCCAAAUUUUGACAUGUCAUUGUGGUGGGGGAGGACAUUGUGCAGGGCAGAUCAUCUUGAGAUGCUAACAAGGGAAGCAAGUUCAUACAGUGUUUUGCAGGCUCUGCUGCCUAGUCCAGCCAUGUUCACAGAGAGGCCACCUCAGUCAGAGUGUGCUCACAUCUUCAGAGAACCAGAUAAAUUCUUAACGUAAUUUCAGUCAACUAGUCCAAUGAGUUUUCCUUUCCCCAAGGGCAAUUGCUGACAUUUUACAAAGCACAAGGCCCGUGUCGCCAGCCAAUUUGGGCACUGGGGAGGUCAUUUCAUGCCCCACACAUCACCACCAUACCCAGCGUCUUUUAAGUGCCACACCAGGGCUCUUAUUUAAUAUUUUUUUAAAAAUCUGUAUUCUGCUUUUUUACAAAACUAAAUUCCAAGUUGAUUUCAACAAUCAAAUAUACAAACCAGAAAACCAAGUCCACAAAAAUACAUCAAACCCCAUAAAAUACCAGCAUCACAAAAACGAAUGGAUCUGCACCUGUCGAGGAAAGAGAUGGUAACAACCUGACAGAGUAAAAGUGCACUCCUUUAGUUUGCUGGCAGUCAUCUCCUUAAAUAUAUAAACACAUAUAUGCUUUCCUGUGAAAAUUUUUUAAGCAAACAGCAGAGCAAAGAGAAAGCGGAAAGAAACUUUCUCCCAUGUUGUGUUAGUUUUAUACUUGCCGGGAGCUUGUGUACGUGUGACCAUCAAAAGAGAGUGCCCCCACCAGAAGUUAGAAGUCGUACAGCCCACUCUGCCACAUUCUUCUGCAUGUGUGUGUGUUGCCAUUGGUUUCUCCUGUAUCUGCUUCUGAUUUGCUCUCUAUGUUUGCAAGUCUCGUCAUUGCUGCAGCUUCCUGCAAGCCUUGAAAAGAGAGCCUGGAAGUUCAGGGCUGUUGUGUUUUCUCUCUCUCUCUCGCUCUCAUGAGCAGCUCCUUGUAUUGGCCGCCAUUGCCUAGGGGAGCAGCGGCAACACAGGUUCUUCUUUUGUUCCUGAUCACAGACCUGCCUGGCUUAGCUACUCCAGCCAAAUUUUAAGGCAAGCCAUUUGCAAGUGUGUGCAUAGCAACACCACAAUCCUAUUGGAGAGAAAAUAAAAUCUCUGCAUUGUUCAUUCUGGAACAGCUCUGAAACCCUCUAAAUACAUGUGAAGAGAUGGGACUUUCCAAGUGGGUCCCAGGUGUUUGGAGUGAGGAGUUUCAACUUUUUCUUCCUCUCCUCUACUUGAUUGUAUAAAUUACUGAUUUAUUUAAUUGUAGUAUGUCUGUGUGUUUUGUAAGAUGUUUUUAAAACUUAUUUCUGAAUUGUCUUCGGACCACCUUUUUAUUUUUAUUUUUAGCCUGCCAUCCACUUCGUGCCCUUCCCAGUAUGAAAGCCCCACAAGUAAACAAUGUGAUACUAUUGCCUGGCAAGGGGGGGGGGGGCAGCCAGAGUGUGUGCCAUGGAGGGCUGAGCAUGUGUCAAAAUUCUCAGUGGAAUGAGGCUGUUCCCAUCUGCUGGCUCUGAUGUCAGAAUUUUACAAAACUAUGCAACAAAGACUUUCUUUCUCUGCUGUUAUGUACGUGCAAAACUGCCAUCCCACUCCCCCUUUCUCCUACCCUCACAGUGCCUUUUAUGCUGGCAGAAGCCAGGUUUAUUCAGAUGCUGAUAAUAAAAAUAUUAUAGAUCACAAACA